AUGGAUAGGAUAUUGAGUUGGAAUGUCAGGGGGAUCAACAGCCAACAUAUGCAAGCAGCGGUUAAAAAUCUAAUUUGUUCCAGGGGGGUUGGUUUGGUGGGUCUCCUUGAAACGAAGAUUAAGGCUUCUAACUUGGGAGCUCUUUAUCUUCGUGUGUUCUCUGGGUGGUGUUUUACUUCAAAUAAUGCGUGGCAUGACAAUGGUCGUAUUGUGGUUAGCUGGAAUCCAUUCAUGUUUAAUGUUGAUAUUCUACAAUGUUCUAGUCAGUUGAUUCAUUUAUAUGUCAGUUCAACCUCUAAUAAGGAUAGUUUCCAUGUUACUUUUGUAUAUGGUAUGAAUGAUGAGGGUGGAAGGAAUAUUCUAUGGAAAGAGUUACAGGAACUGGCUGUUACUUCUCCUUGGAUUGUUCUUGGAGAUUUUAAUGACAUUUUAUCAAAAGAGGAAAGGAUUGGUGCUCGUGUUAAGUAUAAAUCUUCUCAAGCUUUUCAGAUGUGUAUUGCGGCUUGUUACUUGGAGGAUAUAAAGUAUAGUGGGAAUUUUUUUACUUGGAACAAUAAGCAGAAGGGACAAGAUAGAAUUUAUUCGAAAUUAGACAGAAUAUUGGCUAAUCAGGCGUGGCUGAAUGAUUUUCCUGUAGCGGACGUUCAUUUUUUGAAUGAGGGAAUUUUUGACCACUCUCCUGCUAUACUAACAGUUUACCCUGAUCUGAUUUCAGGUAGGAAGCCUUUUAAGUACUUUCGAAUGUGGAAGUCUUUUUCUGGUUUUCAAGAGCUGAUUCAUGCUGAUUGCAGUAGACCAGUUGAUGGCACAAUGAUGUAUAGGGUAGUUCAGAAACUCAAGCGUCUUAAGGACACAUUGCGGGCAAUUAAUAAACAAGGUUUUUCAGAUAUUCAUGCUGCAGAGAUGGCAACUUAUCAAUCUCUUACUGACUGUCAAAACAGGUUGAGUAAGGAUCCUCUCAAUACAAAUUUAAUUCAGGAGGAAAGUGAUGCUCGCCAAAAGUAUUCUGAAGUUCAAAUGGAGCCAGGAAGGAGAUUCUAA